CUGCUUUUGGAGUGUUCUUCUUCUUCCUCCAGAAGAGGAAAUGACGGGCCUGGAGGCUUCCCUCUACACUCAGACCGUGGAUGCCAUGGACAUCAUGCUGAAGGCUGUGGUGCUCAAAUCUGGCGAGGUGCUGCAGGACGUCUUGGAGGUCUGGCCUGUGCAAAGAGUGGGGGUGUGGGCACUGUUCCUUACCCUGGGGGGGUUGCCCACUCCUGGCUGGAUGGUCCUCAGCCCAGUUGUGAGCAGGCAGAGCACACUGCAGGGAGGGCGCUGCCCUGCCCUGGGGCUCAGCUGGAGUACAGGGGCUGCAGAGAGUGGCACCUGCCUGGCCACAAGGCUGGCCCGGGGCCUUUGUCCCAGGCACAGGAGCCUCCUGAGGCUGAGCUCGAGGUGAAAGGAAGCCUUGAAGGAUGGUGCUGCUCACCUUCACCAGCUCUGAGAGAGCCGUUGUGCGGGAGAGGGCCUUGCAGAGGAUUUGCAGCCUGAGCCAUUGGCUGGCCAGCUGUUCCACUCUGGAGACUGGUCAAAAUGAGGAUAGAGAUGAUGCCUGUGCACAGAUCCAGAUCCCAGUCCUUGGGAAGGUGUUUGGACAUCUCAUCCUCAUGGCAUUUGAGGAAGAAAAGACCAACCAUGUGGCUCUGGAUGCUCUCUACGCCCUCCUCAAUUUCAUCUCUCAGCAGCAACGUGUGACACUGCCAGAGGACAAUGCACAGCUCCAAGCACACUGGGAAGAUGGGAUCAGCUCCUCACUUCAUUCUCCCAAUGCCAAGGACUUCAUCGAGGCUGUUGGAAAAUACCUGGGACCUUCUGAGAGGACACACAUCAUCCUCUCAACCAUUACAAUGUUCCGCUACUCAUCUCCCUGCAAUCAUCAGGUGGCUCUCAGCAUGCUGGAGGUGAUUGGGAGAGACCCUGACUGGUGGCUGACGGAUGUGCCAAAAAUCGUGAGCCACAUCUACCACACUGGAUUGGUCACAGACAUCCAAGUCCAGCACAGCCUCCACUGCCUGCUUCUCUUGGUGGCUGAGAGGAGUCCUGGGCAGGUGGUCACAACACUGCUGCAGAUCGCCCCACGAGGAGAUAGGAAUGCCCUCAGUUUGUGGGAGGUGAUGUUCUCGGUGCCCCAGACGGUAGAGAAGGUCUUGAAGGAGCUUCGUGUCCAACUCCAGGACCUGAAGAAUGGCAUUUUCCGCACCUUUCCUGAAAACGACUGCCUCUCUUACUUGGCUCUGCUGGCCUCCGAAGAUGUGCAAGAGGAGGAAUUUGCUUCAUUGUACAAAACCUGCAGGUUUCUGCUGUAUUCAGCCAACAGCACAGACAGAGAGAUAACCUCCCUGCUGCUCAGGGCCCUCAUCACACUGUCCAACAGAGAGGACAGGGCGAGAAAAAUGAAGGUGCUGCUGCCAGACCUGAUGAACCUGUUGCGGCAGAACUGCACGUCUCUGGUGAUGAUGGCCCUGAUGGUCCUCCAGAACAUGAUGAAGUGCUUGAAGAGGACCGAAGCCAGUUCCAUUGCUGCAGAUGUGGCGAGGAUACUCUGGUACCACUUUGAUGAGGAGGAAAGCUGGGUGCGGGAGAGCUGCAUCAGCUCCUUCAGAGACCUGGUGAGGACAGUGGUGGGGAAGGAGAAGAAGUGGAUGAAGAACUUCGUGCACACUGUCCUGGCCCCGCUCAUCCUUCGCAUGAAUGACGAGGCCCCCAAAGUGGGCCAGGCCUCCAGGAAUGCCCUCCUUGCCAUAGCAGAGCUCCUCAAGUGGAAGGAGAUGAAGCAUGUGGUGAAGACAUGGCAGACCUGGAAGAUGGCUGAGUGCUUGAUGAAAAAGGACAGCAGCAGGGCUGAGCAGUACCUUCUUCAGAGCCUGAAGUACCUGAAGGACCCUCAGGAAUGCGUGCGAGACUUGACUGUCAGGUUCAUUGGGACCAUCAUGCGGCAUGUCAAGGACCAAAGCACGGAGGUGCCUGCUCUGAUUGUCAGAGAACUUCAGGCCUUGGAGAAAGGUGGCUGUGAAUUCAUCUGUUGCCUGGCAGCUCAGACCAGCUUGAUCCUGAGCAGGCUGAGGGAGCAGCAAUCACCAGCAGGGUCCCGAUGCUCUCUGUGGUGCUGGCACCGCUGAGCUGGGGGCCUCUUGUGUCCAGAGUGGCACAUUCAGGCAAGACUGAGCAGGAACACCCGCCCGCUGCUUCACAAGGUGCAGAAAGGACUCCUGACUUCCUGAGGUUCUUCUCAGAGAAGGCUCUGGGUGUGGUUGGAUCCAGGCUUGGUCAGCACUUCGUCAUACAUCAUUGAACCUGGACAUCACUUUGUUCUGAGGAUUAUGGUUGGCAAACCAACUAUAGCUGUAAAUAGUUUAUUUGUAAAUAAAGUUAGUUUUGUGUUUAAAUAAUAGCUUGUCAAUUUCCUUCUAAGACAAGGUGACCCAUCUGGUUCAUCAAGGAAAGCCAGUAAAAAAUCCCAAAAGACUGGGAUUCCAGCAAGGAUUUGCAGACUGUCUCUGGCAGGAUCCUUUAGGACAAACUGUCC